CAGUUCGACUGCGGAGGAGGCGACGGAGCGAUGGCAAGCGGAUCUGAUCAAUCCACGCAAAGCCGCGCUAAUUUUUAAGACUGUUGUACGGCGAUCCGAGGUCCGUUCUCGACGCCUAGCGGCCACCGCGUUUAUUUUGAAAAACGGCCUACGUUGCUUUUCAAAAUAAAUGUGAAUCUGUGUUGUAUCAUCUCCGCUUGCCAUAGUCGUGUUGUUAUUGUGGUUCGACAUUUUCCGACGCAGGCCCCCAAUCUUCCGGCCCGGUGUUGUGUGUUCGGAACCGACAGCUUCCAAAACUCAGCCCAUUUGUCUUUGGGUUGCACGAGGUGAGUCAUGACAGGUCGACUCCCCGAAUGUGACGUCAAUGACUCAGGCGUCACCAUGCACUCCUCCACCCCAAUUGGCGCCCUUGUGUGGCUUCUGGUGGCAGCCGUGGCCGCCUUGCAGAGCCCCCCGCAAACAGUGUUCUUGGACAAGCAUGAGGCCAGCUCGAUGAUCUCACGUCAGAAGAGGAGCGUCGACGGCACCGCCCAGCAGCCGUCCACGCUGGAGCAGGCCUGCAUGGAGAGGGUGUGCACCUACGAGGAGGCCCGCAAGCACUUCCAGGACUCAUAUCGCACGGACAUCUUUUGGUCCGUCUACAUCGAUGGAGACCAGUGCGCGGAGAAUCCCUGUAAGAACGGCGCCCUGUGCUCUGACAGUGUGGGGGGCUACGACUGCGUCUGCAAGGCGGGCUUCUCGGGGGUGCACUGCGAGACCGACCAAACCGUGUGCACCCUGGAGAAGGACAAGGGCUGCUCCCAGUUCUGUAAACCGGGCUACACCUCCUACGAGUGUUCCUGCGCACGAGGGUGGAAGCUCCAUCGAACGGACAGAAACAAGUGCGAGCCCGCAGUCCGCUAUCCAUGCGGGAAGGUCCACAGUCUGAGCCAGUGGGAGAACAGACAGUCCACCAUCGUCCGCAGCAACUUUCAGGGACUUGCCUGCGCCUCUGGGGAGUGUCCCUGGCAGGCCCUUCUCAAGAGCUCCCAGUCGGAAGGUUUCUGCAGCGGAGUCAUUCUCAAGGAGAACCUGGUGCUGACCUCAGCGCAGUGUGCCAGCAAGUACACCUCCUUCCAAGUGGCUGUGGGUAAGCGUAAGGUCACCUCCGAGGACGGCGAGCAGACGCUUUACGUGAAAGUAACCCACCCGCAUCCCCGCUACGUGCCGGGUCGCCCCGACAACGACCUGGCCGUGGUGGAGCUGCGCGACCGCAUCAUCUUCAAGAGGGAAGUGUCGGCCGCGUGCAUCCCCGAGAGAGACUUUGCGGACCACAUCCUGACGUCUGGCGAUCUCCCCGCCAUCAUUACGGGCUGGAAAGACCCCGAGGCGGGGGCAACGUCCUUCCAGGGCCAGCUCACACUCAACCAGCUGGCGUACAAAAGCCUGCCUCAGUGCCUGGAGACGCAUCCCAAUCUGAUGAGUAACAAGAUGGGCUGCACGGCCGCCCGGGCCAACGCCGACUGCAGCGUGAGCUCCGGAAGCCCCCUGCUCACUUUGUACAGGGAGGUGUUCUUCCUCACCGGCGUGGUCAGCCAGCCGCCGGGGGCCGAGUGCAGCAAAGGGUUCGUCUUUCAGAAAGUCUCGCGCCAUCUGGGAUGGAUUCAGUCGCUCGUGAACUCGCUGUAGUGGCUUCACAAUCCAUGUUUCGAACCUGUUCACUUGGGUGACUUUAUUCAACAUUUAAACACAUUAACCUCAACCCUUACUGUAUUAGCUGUAUGCAGACUUACAUUGUUUAUCCACAAGGUGGCGCUCCAGUAAAGUAAACGUCCACGUGAUGCACUGACUUGGUCCGCAUGAAACCGCUUUGAAAGUGUCUUGUUCGACCCAACGCUGCUCCUUUCGCAUGCAUGCAAUCAUCAGACCACAAAUAAAGUACACGUGAUCCCCA